AUGGAGAUUGAGGAAUAUCUUCCACUUGAUGGUUCUUUUGAUUCUAAGAAAUAUGAAGUUUAUGACUGCUCUAACUAUGAAUGUUUUGAACACAUCAUAAAACCUCUUCCGAAAUUUAAGAUCAAAAUUGAAGUUGAGGACGAUACUGAUUCAACUCAUCUUAUAUUAUUUCAUGAUCAAGUUAUUGAUGAAUAUUCAACAUUUCCAAAGGAGAUUAAAUCUUUGGUUGGGAAGUUGUUUGCUUAUAAGAUUCAAGAGGAGAAUAUCGCAAAAGGUAAACGUAAUCUGUAUGAGCUGUACGACGUUGAUCCAGCAUUUCCGAGUUGUUCUACAAAGCGUCCUAUUAUCAGAACUCCUCUUUCAGAUAUCUCAAAUGUUGAUUCACCUGCUGAAAGAUGUAAGCUUCGAAAAAUAAUACUUGAUGACAAGAGAUCAAAGAAAUCGUCAUCAUCAAUAAAUGUUCCUAACAUAUUGCCUGAGAACAUAAGUUCGCUGCAGUCUUCUAAUAAUAACAAGAGAUCAAAGAAAUCGUCAUUAUCAACAAAUGUUCCUAACAUAUUGCCUGAGAACAUAAGUUCGCUACAGUUUUCUAAUAAUAACAAGAGAUCAAAGAAAUCAUCAUCAUCAACAACAAAUGUUCCUAACAUAUUUCCUGAGAACAUAAGUUCGCUGCAGUCUUCUAAUAAUAUUGAUCGCAACAUAUACUCCUUUUCUCCUCAUAGAAGUAUAAAUCAUACAAGUUCAUUAGUUUCAACCAUAACAGAUAACUCCAGAACCAAAUCCACACCGUCAAAUGAAAAUCGUCGAUAUUCCAUUUCUCCUCGCAUCAAUAUUAGUAACAAUCAAGUGGUAUUUGGUACUACUUCUACAAUUACAAGGUUGUCUUCUGGUAAACGUAAGCUUGAGCACAAGAAACGUGAUACCACUCCUAUACCUAUGGUCAAUUUGGAUUCUGAUGAAGAUGAUGUUGUUUUAGUUAGAGUGGACGACCCUUAUAAAGGGGUAUCUAAAGAUUAUUUGGACCAUGGUGACCAAGUUCUUACAUGCCAAAUCUGUAGUGCAAAGUUAUGGACAUCAGAAGGUGGAAAAGGUCGAAUAACUAUUAAUAAGAUGUGUUAUGGUAUGUGUUGUGGGUAUGGUAAAGUUGAGCUACCGCCUUUAAAGGAUGCGCAUCCGUCUUAUCAAAAUUUGUUUUCUUCCACAAAUGAAAAAAGCAAGUUUUUCCAGAAGAAUAUUAGACGAUACAACUCUAUGUUCUCUUUUACAUCUAUGGGUGGAAAGGUUGAUUCUACUAUUAACAAGGGCAACGCUCCAUUUAUAUAUCGUAUAAGUGGCCAAAACUAUCAUUGCAUCGGUAGUCUUAAACCUUCUAAUGGAAAUCAACCUCGGUUUUGUCAGCUAUACAUAUAUGACACUGAAAAUGAAAUAACAAACAGACAGACAUUAUUCAGGAAAACACGCAAACCUUCGUCCUCUAAUGAUAAAGAGCUUGAUGUUGAAAUGAUACAAUAUUUGAGGAAUUUAUUAGAUUCAGAAAAUAUGUUGGUUAAGACAUAUAGGAUGGUCAGAGACCAUUUUCACGAAUCACCAGAGGCCAACCUUAAACUCCGUCUUAUGUAUAAAAGAGAAAAAGAUGACAGAAUAUAUAACUUACCAACCACGUCUGAAAUUGCUGCUUUGGUUGUCGGAGACAUAGAUAAAGCUAUAGAUCAUCGUGAUAUUCUUGUGGAGACUCAGUCUGGAAUGCUCCAGCGUAUUAGUGAAUUACAUCCAUCAUAUCUUGCUUUGCAAUAUCCGUUGCUAUUCCCAUAUGGUGAUGAUGGAUAUAGAAUUGAUAUUCCCCAUAGAGAUUUCAUUGCGACACAAAAGAAAAUAAAGCCAAAGUGCACCAUGAGAGAAUUUAUUGCAUAUAGGAUCCAAGAUAGAAAUUAUGGUUUUUCCUUAAUUCUUAAUGGAAGAAGGUUGUUGCAACAAUUUUUGGUUGAUGCAUAUACUAUGAUCGAGAGCGAGAGACUACAUUUCAUUCGGAGACAACAAACAAAACUUCGAUCUGAGACAUUUGAAAAUCUUCAGAAGCAUAAAGCUAAAGAAGUAAAGAGAUUUCUAAAAGAUUCCACCAUCAAAGCUGAAGACAGGCCUCACAUAUUGUGUCGAUUGUUUAAAAUUAAGCUUGAUUCCAUACUCAAAGAUUUGAAGGAUUCCAAUUAUCUCGGUGAGAUUAAUGCUGUUGUUUAUACGGUAGAAUUCCAGAAGCGUGGUCUUCCUCAUGCACAUAUAUGCUUAUUUAUGAAUGUCGAUCACAAACUUCCUACUGUAGAUCACAUAGAUCCAUUCAUAUCCGCUGAGAUUCCUGAUAAAAAUGAAGAUCCAGAACUUUAUUCCUUGGUAAGUGAUUAUAUGAUUCACGGUCCAUGUGGAAAUGCUAAUUUGAAUUGUCCUUGCAUGGUUGAUAAAAGAUGUUCAAAAAACUUUCCAAAUAAAUUUUCACCACAUACAACUGUUGAUUCAAGUGGUUUCCCUGUAUACCGAAGACGAGAUUCCGGUCACACAGUUAUAAAAUCUGGUGUUAGUUUGGACAACAGAAGCAUUGUUCCAUAUAACAAAAGGCUUCUAAAAAGAUAUCAAGCACACAUCAAUGUAGAAUGGUGUAAUCAAUCUAGUUCAGUUAAAUAUUUGUUCAAGUACAUUAAUAAAGGCCCUGAUAUGGCUACUGCGGUUGUUUCUGGUGUUUCAAAUCCAACCAUUAAGGAUAAGCCAAGAGAUGAGAUCAAGGAAUAUUAUGAUUGCAGAUAUAUUUCAGCUUGUGAGGCAUCAUGGAGAAUAUUCUCAAACGAGGUUCAUUAUAGGUAUCCUGCAGUUAUGAGGCUUCCCUUUCAUAUGCCGGGUCAACAGAAUGUUGUGUAUGGUGCGGAUGACGAUAUUGAUAAUGUGUUAAGCAAGCCUUCUGUUGCUUCUUCAAUAUUUGUUGAAUGGAUGAAAUUAAACGAGUCAAAUGAAAAUGCUAGAAAGUUGACUUAUGUCGAUUUUCCUUCCAAAUUUGUUUGGAAACCUCAAGAUAGAUCUUGGCAGGUACGUAAGACGUACCAAACUGUUGGUCGUAUACAUUCUGUGUCUCCUGCAUUAGGCGAACCUUAUUUUUUGAGGAUACUUCUGAAUAAAGUUAGAGGUCCCAGAUCCUUUGAGGAAAUACGUACUAUUAAUGGUCAGUUAUUCCCGACUUUUAGAGAUGCUUGCUACGCAAUGGGGCUCUUAGAUGAUGACAAUGAAUAUGUUGAGGCCAUUAAAGAAACAAGUUUUGAAGGACAUGCAGGGUAUCUCCGAGCGUUAUUUGCUACCUUGCUGUUGUCAAAUACACUUUCACGGCCAGAGUUUGUGUGGGAGAACACGUGGAAAUACUUAGCAGAUGAUAUUUUAUACAGACGUCAAAAAGAAACAAAUAUUCAAAGUUUACUUCUUCCUGAACAUCAAAUUAAAAACCUUACUUUGUUGGAGAUUGAAAAAUAUUUACUUUCGAAUGGUUCGUCGUUACGAGGAUUUAACACGAUGCCUUUCCCUGAUGAUGAUUCGUUACGUGAUGCUACUAAUCGUCUAAUCAAUGAAGAGCUAUCACAUGACGUAGAUCAAGUACAAGCUGAGUUUAAUAAUUUGCAUCAAUGUUUGACAGAUGAACAACGAUAUGUUUUUGACGAAAUAAUGGCAGUAGUUGCAAGCCGUAAAGGAGGGUUAUUUUUCGUCUAUGGUUACGGUGGAACUGGAAAAACGUUUUUAUGGAAGACUUUGUCUUCAGCAGUUCGAUGUAGAGGUGAGAUAGGUUUAAAUGUUGCUUCAAGUGGCAUUGCUUCGUUAUUACUUUCUCGUGGAAGGACAGCCCAUUCUCGCUUCCAUAUCCCAAUUAAUCUCACUGAAGAUUCCAUGUGUCAUAUUAAGCCAAAUAGUGAUAUCGCAAAAUUAUUAAAGGAAACUCAAUUGAUCAUAUGGGACGAAGCACCGAUGGUCCAUAAACAUGCCUUUGAAGCUUUAGAAAGGACGAUGUUUGACGUAUUUUCUGACGGUAGGAGUAUUCGUUCUGAUGUUCCGUUUGGAGGGAAAGUUUUUGUAUUCGGCGGUGACUUUAGACAAAUCCUACCAGUUAUUCCUAAUGGUACUAGACAACAAAUAGUUUGUGCUUCUUUAAGCUCUUCAUAUAUAUGGUCAAAGUGCAAACUGUUAAGGUUGACUAAAAACAUGCGCCUAACAAUUGGAGCUGAAAGUUCUGAUAUGGACUCUAUCAGGGAUUUUGCGAAAUGGCUGCUUGAUAUUGGUGAAGGUAAGUUGGGAGAUGAUAAUGAUGGUGAAGCAAUUAUUCAGAUACCAGAUGAUCUAUUAGUCACCGAUAAUUCUGAUCCAAUACAAAGCUUAAUUGACUUCGUCUACCCUUCAAUUAUGGAACAAUUUCGAAAUCCUGGUUUUUUUUCUGAGCGAGCAAUUCUAGCACCAAAAAAUGACGUAGUUCAUGAAAUUAACGAUCGAUUGCUUUCGUUAUUUCCAGGUGAUGUUAAAGAGUAUUUGAGUUCCGAUAGCAUAUGUCAAACUGAACAAAUGCUUGAUUCAUUUCAAGAAGGUUUAUACUCAACAGAGAACUUGAAUGCUCUUAAGAUUUCUGGCUUGUAA